AUGUCCUUUGAAGUCUUCUAUUUCACAGAGUUCCCCUAUCCCGCUUUCCCUGAGUCUGUGGUCGACGACUAUCCCUCAAUGCGCCUCACAUUUCCCAACACCUACUUCGACCCAGGGACGGCCCAUGACCUGUUCAAACGCUACCUGGAUGAAUACCAGUACGCUGAGGAAGUGGGCUUCGACGGGCUGAUGAUCAACGAGCACCACAACACCCCGUCGUGCAUGGACGUCGAGGUAAACAUUACCGGCGGCAUCCUGGCCCGCGUCACCAACCGCGCCAAGAUCCUGAUGCUGGGCAACAUGCUGCCCACUUCCGACAACCCCGUGCGGCUGGCCGAAGAGAUCGCCAUGCUGGACGUCAUCUCCGGCGGGCGCAUAAUCUCCGGCUUCGUGCGCGGCAUCGGCAUCGAGAGCUGGGCCAACAACACCAACCCGGUCUACAACCGCGAGCGGUUCGAGGAAUGCCACGACCUGAUCAAGAAGACCUGGACCACGCCUGGCCCCUUCCGCUGGGAGGGCAAGCACUACCACUACCGCGCCGUCAACCCGUGGAUGCUGCCUAUCCAGCAGCCCCAUCCGCCCUGCUGGGUGCCCGGCACCGGCAGCCCCGAGACAGUCAAGUGGGCCGCUGAAAACCGCUACACCUACGCCGCCUUCCUGACCAAGAUGGAUGUGGCCCGCAACCUGUUCGGCAACUACCGCAAAUUCGCCAACGAAGAUGGCUGGGAUCCAGGCCCCGAGAAGUUUGCCUUCAUGAUCUGCGCCCACGUCAACGACACCGACGAGAAGGCGCAGGAGUCCGGCAAGGCGUUCAUGUGGCGCAUGGGCCACCCGCUGAAGGGCCCGCGCGAAUACUGGUCGCCCCCCGGAUACUUCUCUGCCGCCGGUGCCGCCGCCAACGCCCUGCGCCGCUCCAGGCCUCUCAACGAGUUGUCUUACCAGGAACUGCAGGACGAGCAUCACCUGGUCGUAGGCAGCCCCGACACUGUCAUCAAGAAGCUUCGCUACAUCAAGGAGGAACUGGGCAUCGGCGCGCUGCUGCUGGAAGCCCAGGGCGGCCCGCUGUCCCACCAGGACACCAUGCGCUCCCUCGAACUCUUCGGCAAAGAAGUGAUCCCGGCGCUGAAGGAAGACUAG